AUGUCUCACCCGCGGGUAGAAGAAGUCUCCGACAGCGACCCGGACAUCGUCUCGGACCCCGACGAGGUCGACCUCGACGACUUUGCCGAAACAGACAUCAUCCGCGCGCGCGGCCCCAGCACCCAGAAGCAGCGCAUCCAGUUCCUGAACCCCAUGUCGGGCCCGGGCAUCUCGACGCUGCCCGCCACCUCGGACCGCUCCGCCUUCAACAACCACCAGUGCCUGUACCCGGUCUACUUCGACGCCUCGCGCACCCGCGCCGAGGGCCGCCGCGUCAGCGCCGCCCUGGCCGUCAAGAACCCGCUGGCGCGCGAAAUCGCAAACGCCUGCUCGCGCCUGCGCCUGCAGACGCUGCUCGAGCCCGAGAAGAUCCACCCCAAGGACUGGUCCAACCCGGGCCGCGUCAAGGUCGCCCUCAAGAAGGAAAAGGCCGCCGGCUCGCCAGCGUCAGCCGCCAUUGCCAACAAGCACCACCUGUACGUCCUCGUGGCCAAGCACCUGCGCGAGAACCCGACGACGGAGAACUCGCCCGGCCUGCGGCUGCGCUUCGGCAACCAGAUGCAGCCGCCCGAAGACAAGCCCUACCCGAAGCCCGCCGUGCCGCGGGGCUGGAAGAUGAACGAGUACCUGCCGUACCUGAGCGCUGCCAUGACGGGCGGCGGCGUCUCGGAGAAUCUGUUCAAGGACAUGAUGAAGGAGAUGCAGGGCGGCGCCGAUCCCAUGGCUGCGCUGCUUGCGAGCCAGGCUGGUGGCGGCGGCGGCAGUGGUGGCGCGAGCGGCGCGGAGGAGGGCAAGAAGAAGAAGAAGGACAAAAAGGGCAAAGGGAAA